AUGCCCAUGGAGAACCCACAAUUGCACCAUUCUGGCUCGACGGCGGGCUUCGCACGCGACCUCAAUUUCGACGAAUAUGCAUUUGAUACCCGUUCCCAGCUUAGUUUGGCAUUUGGAGUGGUGGAUGAUAUGCGGGGAAUUGGAUUUCCGCAGUUGGACCAGAAUUCGAAGAGUCCUAAAACUGCUAAACCCGCUAAACCAACAACGCCAAAAGGGGACCGACGAGCGGAAGACGUACCGAAAAAGAAGCCAAGUAGACUCGACCUUUCUUUGCUGUUUCCCAAGCCGAAACCUGCUGCAGCGCCUUUGCUGUCACCUCAGCGAUACACGAAUUCGCCAUCGCCAGUCACUUCGGAGUUCUCGGUAAAACCACAGCCAGCCAAACUCACAAAGCCACGUUCCAGGGGGAAUAUGCGAGCAUCGAUUAAGGAAGCUCCCGCUCCUAUCCCAGAGGAGCCGCCAAUUCCACGAAAACGAGUUUCCACGCGCAGGCCUGCCGUUGACUGGUUUGAUGUGCCUUUGGAGCAGAUCAUCCGCCUGGGGGAAACCCUAGAAGUUGAUGAGGAGGAAGCGAAGCAGCCUGAUCGUGUGUUGGAUCAUGCAAAGCCAGUGAAGGAGGCGAAGCAUYCCAAGCCAAUAACACUAGCACCAGCACCAGCGAUCAUAAAGCCAGUUCAACCUCCAGUACAAAACGGCAUCGCCAAGACUUCUUCGGCUGUCGAUUCCAGGAGAUCAUCACGUGCCCCUUCUAGGGUAUCAAGUCAUACGUCCCGUGGAAGCCGUGGAAGCGAAAAUCAUUACUAUCGCCAGCCACUACCCCCCUCAUAUACGAACCCUCCUCCCCGCGCCUCCCUUCAAACAUGGCAGUCGGAAGGUGACUUGCGUGCGGCUCAUCAGAAGCCGGCUGGCCGCUUGGUAAAGAAAAAGAGCAGCAGCACCUUUCAUACUAAGGAUUUGACAAAAAACAGCGUGUUGUCUUUAUCAUCAUCCGAGGAUGAAGAUACCGAUGCAGAUGAGGACUACGGUGAACAGCUCGUAAGAAAAGCAGCACCAUCUCGAGGGCCUCGGGACAGUUUCGCCACAAACGACUAUGUUGCGCCAGAGAUAUGUCAUGCUGAAGCGGCAGUUGCUACUAAAGGUUAUCAAUUGACUCGUCUUGGCCGGGCCAAUUCCAACGUAUCUAGUGUCAGCUCCGACUCGCGCAGUACACAACGGCGUCCUAUUCCUUCACGAGCCGACUCGCUUUCUUCUAUGAGUAGAUCAUCCGUUUCCACGAAGAUAUAUGGGUCGUCUGCUCAUUUUGAUGUUCCUCUAAUUGAGGAACCGGAAGAGCAGGCGGAAGAAGCCAGCAACUCAAGACGGCCCCGACUUUCUUCACAGUCGUACAGCGAUCUCCACUCUGCGAAGAGAAGAAGUCGCAUCAUCGCAGUCACUCGGCAGGAGGAGUCGUUGCUAGAAGCCAUGAGGUUACGGAAUGGUCGAAUUACCCCAAGCAUAUUCAAAGAUAUUGAGCCUGGUGCUGAAAGAGCGGCUGAGAAUCACGAGGUAUCAGAACCUCCAGCACUUAGCUCUCCUGAGCCUGUUCAGACUCAAUUUGAUACUUCGUUCCUCCGGCUGAGUGCAGCUAUGAGAAUCCCGCCAAUUGCUGCACCAAACCUUGCCGAAAGUGAAUCUUUGAUCGACAAAGAUCCAUACCUACCGUACCGCACUGCGUCUAAUGCCGAGCAGAAAACGGACCAUAACAACAACAACAACAAUUUCACCGCAUCACCUCGAUUGAGUCUCGCAUAUUCUGAAACACCCUCAUCAUCAUCGACCAUGGGCCAUGCAUCUCCCGUCACACCCACUCUCCAACCUAUUCACCGGUUCUCUCAUCAGUUGGCGGCUCCUCCCCCAUCCCAUGCACUUCCCCCGCUUCCGGACGAAGUCGCAACACGACGACAUUCUCGUCGCCGGACGGAUAGCAGCGAUGCCAUCGUCUUGGAAGAAGGCGAGACUGAAAAGUUAUCGAGUCCGCCUGUCUAUCCCUUGUGGGCUGUGAAGUGGGGUCGAGAUCCUAACGAUGUUGCUAUUGCACAUUAA